GCGAGAGCGAGAACCUAUGCUCUGGAAAGGAAGCAGUUCAAGGGCAACCCCCUUGCCAAGUAUCAGCUGAUCCAGAAGAAGCUCGCAGACGCCGCCACUGAUAUCUCAUACGGCGUCCUGGCCUCCAUCCAGGUCGGCCGGUUGAAGGAGCAAGGCAAGGCUACUCCCGAGAUGAUUAGCAUGGUCAAGCGCCAGAAUUGUGACAGAGCUCUGUGGAAUGCCAGAGUUCUCCAGGAGAUUUUUGGUGGCAAUGCUGUCAGUGACGAGUAUGGUAUUGGACGCCAUGUGGCGAACCUCUAUGUGACUCAGACCUAUGAAGGCCAGAGCGAUAUUCAUAGUCUCAUUCUUGGAAGAGCCAUUACUGGCGUUCAGGCAUUUGUCUGA